AUGAGCCAUGCUAGUUUCAAAGAGCUUCUCUCAGCGUCAUGGGAUCCAAAUAUUGAUACCAGAAGAGCCUUGAGUAAACUAGAAAGCGUCUUGAAGAAGUGGAAUAAAGAAGUUUUCGGUGAUGUUCAAGCACGCAAAGACAAACUGGUGAAGGAUCUGAAGGAGGUGCAGGAGGAGAUUGAGCAUCACCAAUCGGACCUGUUGUUACAGAGGGAGGCAGAGCUUCAGAAGGAGUUUGAUACAGUUCUUGAGCAGGAGGAGCUCAUUUGGUUUCAAAAAUCCCGUGAAAAAUGGGUAGCUCAUGGUGAUAGGAAUACGACUUUUUUCCACACCUCGACUGUCAUCCGUAGAAGGAGGAACCGUAUAGAGAUGCUGAAGAACGAUGAAGGGGUCUGGCUAUCAAACAUGCAGGAUCUGGAGACUAUGGCAGUGGAAUAUUAUCGAAGAUUGUAUUCGCUGGACGAUGUGGAUCAGGUUGUGGAAACUUUACCGCAAGAAGGUUUCGUGGCGCUGACGCAGGCUGAACUCAAUGGCUUGAAUACUCCGUUUUCUGUGGAUGAGAUAAAGACUGCAGUGAAAGCUAUGGGGCGUUUCAAGGCACCAGGACCAGAUGGUUUUCAACCAGUCUUUUACCAGAAGUGUUGGGAGGAGGUUGGUGAAUCAGUUACACGCUUUGCCCUUGACUUCUUUCGAACAGGUAUGCUUCCACAGAAUACGAAUGAUGUGAUAGUGGUCCUGUUACCAAAGGUGGAUAGUCCGGAGAGAAUUCAACAAUUUAGGCCGAUAAGCCUGUGCAACGUGCUGUUUAAAAUCAUCACAAAGACAAUGGUGGGAAGGAUGAAGCCGGUGAUGACGAAAUUGAUUGGACCAGCACAGGCGAGUUUUAUACCGGGGAGACUCAGCACAGAUAACAUUGUGGUUGUACAGGAGGCAGUGCAUUCUAUGCGGAGGAAGAAGGGGAGGAGAGGCUGGAUGCUCCUUAAGUUGGACCUAGAGAAAGCGUAUGACAGAAUCCACUGGGAGUUUUUGGAGGAUUCGCUCAGAGCUGCUGGAUUCUCGGAGAGUUGGAUACAAUGGGUGAUGCAGUGUGUGUCAGGGCCGUCUAUGUCUCUUCUUUGGAAUGGCGAGAAGACGGAUUCAUUUAAGCCACUGCGUGGACUGCGCCAAGGAGACCCGUUGUCACCUUAUCUUUUUGUGUUAUGUAUGGAGCGGUUAUGCCAUAUGAUUGAUCGAGCGAUUGAAAGUAAGGAGUGGAAACCGAUUCGCCUGUCGAGAGGAGGACCCCAGUUGUCCCAUAUCUGCUUUGCUGAUGACCUGAUUCUGUUUGCAGAGGCAUCAGUCUCGCAGAUAAGGGUGAUACGGCAAGUAUUGGAGGGGUUCUGUCAAGCUUAUGGUCAAAAGGUUAGCCUCGAGAAGUCUAAAAUAUUCUUCUCACACAAUGUGUCUCGGGAUCUGUGCACGACAAUCAGCAGGGAAAGCGGGAUACAAGCCACUUGUGACCUAGGGAGAUAUCUAGGAAUGCCUAUCCUGCAAAAGAGAAUUAAUAAAGAAACCUUUGGGACAGUGUUGGAGCGAAUGUCGUCGAAGCUCACCGGAUGGAAAGGAUGA